AAGUACUAGUCGGAACUAGGAAACUCUGAAUUUACUGACUCGCAAACUGUUGGAUCGCGUCGCGUGUAUAACUAGGCUACAACCAUUUAGCGAGUUGAACAUUUCAGAAUUUCCUAGUUUCGACUAAUGCGUGAACGCGACAAGACAGACCUGUGCGAGCGGCCUGUUGCUACUCACUACGUAGACAGUUUAAACUCUGUACUGUCUGACGUAGGUGUCGUUUGCCUGCUAGUGGCUUUCACUGUAAAAACAUGGCGAGGUUUAGCGAGCAUGGGAUUCGCCUCAGUUCCAUGAGUCCGUCCUUCCUGAAUAGUAAUUCAACAAGUCAUACGUGGCCUUUCAGCGCAGUUGCAGAACUAAUAGAUAAUGCGUCAGACCCGGGUGUGACAGCCAGGCAGAUCUGGGUAGAUGUGGUGGAGGAACAGCAACAGCUCUGUCUGGCCUUCACUGACAACGGCAGCGGCAUGACCCCCAACAAACUGCACAAAAUGCUCAGUUUUGGUUUCACAGAGAAAGGGUCUGGUAAGGGCAGCCACCAGGCCAUCGGUGUCUAUGGAAACGGCUUUAAGUCUGGCUCCAUGCGUCUGGGUCGUGACGCUCUGAUCUUCACUAAGAACGGAGGCUGUCUGACUGUCGGCAUGCUGUCCCAGAGCUACCUACAGGCUAUAAAGGCACAGGCUGUCAUCGUCCCCAUAGUGCCCUUCAACCAACAGACCAAGGUGCUGGUAGUGACUGAGGACUCUGAGGCCAGUCUGAAUGCCAUCCUGACCCACUCUCUGAUCCACACUCAGAAGGAGCUGCUACAGCACUUUGACUCCAUCCUCUCCAAGAAGGGCACUAAGAUCCUCAUCUGGAACAUACGCAGGAACAAAGAUGGUAAGCCGGAGCUGGAUUUCGAGACAGAUGAGUUUGACAUCCGGAUGCCAGAGAUCCACUCAGAGGAGACCAAGACUAGAGGCAGGAAGAAGAGCUUCCCUGGACCGCAGAGGACUGACCACACCAUCCCAGAGAUGGACUACUCCCUGAGAGCCUACCUCAGCAUCUUGUACCUGAAGCCUCGGACUCAGAUCAUCCUGCGACAGAAGAAGGUUCAGACCAAGCUGGUCGCCAAGAGCCUGUCGCAGAUUGAGAACGAUGUUUAUAAACCCCAAUUCAAUAAAGACAGAGUUAAGGUCACCUUUGGGUUCAACCGUAAGAACAAAGACCACUAUGGCAUCAUGAUGUACCACAAGAACCGCCUCAUCAAGUCCUAUGAGAAGGUUGGCUACCAGAUCAAGUCGUCAGGUCAGAGGGCAGGGGUUGGGGUUAUUGGAGUCAUUGAGUGCAACUUCCUGAAGCCGGCUCACAACAAGCAAGACUUUGAAUACACCAAAGAGUACAGGCUGACCCUGUCGUCCCUGGGGCUGAAGCUCAACGACUACUGGAAUGAGAUGAUGGAGAAAAAGGCGAGAGAACGAGAGUUCCUGGCAGCGGAGAAGAAGAAUGAAGAGGAAGAUGAGGAGGAGGAGGAAGAGGAGGAGAGUCCAGUGUGGCUGCAGUGUGAGGACUGUCUGAGGUGGAGGCGUGUCCCAGAAGGCCACUACAGCUCCACCCCUGAACACUGGAGCUGCAGCCAGAACCCCAACACCAUGCUCAGGAGCUGCUCUUUGCCAGAGGAAGCAGAGGAGAGUGAAGAAGAGUUAACGCCAAGCUACCAGAAGAAGACCUACAAGAAGGACCAAGGCCUGGUCAGAAAACGAGGCCGUCCGCGGAAGCACCAUGUACUCCCCCAAGGCCUGUCUGAGCCGGUCCUCCUCCGCCCUCUGCCCCGUGAUGCCCCCCUCCCUCUGUCUGAGCCGGUCCUCCUCCGCCCUCUACCCCGUGAUGCCCCCCUGCCUCUGACUGAACCGGUCCUCCUCCGCCCCCUACCCCCUGAUGCCCCCCUGCCUCUGACUGAACCGGUCCUCCUCCGCCCUCUACCCCCUGAUGCCCCCCUCCAUCUGCUCACAGAGGAGACUGAGAACAGCGAGCAGAAUAAGCCAGUGGCUCCACUGGUGGCCACUUUAGAGGAUGACGAGGACAACAUGGCACAGUCCCAGUCUGGGUCAGAGACAUGCGCACCCACACGCGCAUGCAAACGCUCAUACAGCAGAAACAAGCGGAAGUCAAUAUGGCCGCCCAGGGACAUGGAAAAGAGACCACAACCAUGGGCGGGUCCACACCCAUUCGCUGACGAGAUCCAAGAUGUGCAACAACCUGGGAAAGACGGCAACGAACCACAGACACUGACUGGGCAGACAGAGAAGACCAAGGGGGAAAAGGCACCACUUGGGGCCACCAGAGGAGGCCUUUCCCAGCCCAGCUCCAGCCUUGCCUGGCCUCCCUCCCUCACUUCAGCCCAGACGGUGGUGGUGUCCCCCCUGAGUCGCCCGGAGGGCCCCUGGCCCCGGGCUCUGACCCUGGAGGGAGCUGGUUCAGAAAGGGGAGCCCUGGUCCAGAGACUGGCUGGACUGGAGAAGGAGGCUCAGAGGCUGAGGAGGAUACUGGGUUCCAACGCACCCCCAGCAACGCAGGACACUGUGGUGAUGACAGAGGCUGCCUCUGGGGAUAAGGCAUCUGGUGGGGUGGGGGCGGAGACAACGGUGGCCAUGGUAACCAAACAGGACCCAAAGGAGUGUGAGAGCUCAGCUUCCCCUGGCAUACCAGGGCUGGUUGUGGAGGGCAUCCAGCCCCAGAGAGAGCAGCCUGAGCUGGGCAGGCUGAGGAGGGAGAAGGCUGACCCCCAGAGCAGGCUGAGACAGACUGACAGCCCAGUGACCAGGGACCAGAGCUCCCGCAUUGUGCAGGAGAACCUCCACAAAAUCCGAGGGAACGUGGUGGCUCUGCUGUCAGCCAUCCUGCCCCACCUGGACCUGCAGGGCAUCAGCCUGGAUACGCCAGACGUAGACAGCAUCCUGCAGCAGAUCAUAGACGCCAACUCACUGUCUCCACUCUAGAACCCACUCUCAGUGCUCUAGAACCCACUCUCAGUGCUCUAGAACUCACUCUCACCACUAGUACUUAUGCUCACCACUCUACUGUAGGUAACAUAUUGUUUAUUUUUCCAUACCGACCUGGAACCCCUAUGUCCACAACACAUUAUCCACACACUGACUCACAUUGUAAUGGCUGACCCAUCUUAAUAGCCCGACUGACUAUCACAUUGUAAAUACUUCAUCCCCAAUUGACCCUGCCUAAGUUCAGAUGCGUUGUACUGUACUCGUUGAGUGUGAGAUGUUGUAAUACUGUACUCAGAUCAGCUUGCUAUGCUGUAUGUUUUACCUUCACCAUAUGUAAAGGAUCCACAUAAGUAACCAGCAGUCUGCUUCAUUUAAUAUCAUGUGUUAUUACUUGUCAAUCAGAGACCCUGGCUUGUGUGAGAGAAGCUGAGAAGCCUAUUACUGUUUGCUUUUCAUCCUUGCUACUGUUUUUAAUACGUUUGUUAAUUAUUUUGUCAUUUGAAUAUAUGAACAUGUUCCUUGAUAGUGUUAGGGCUGGACUUAAACAACCCUGUCAUUACAAUGUUUUAUAGUUUUACCGUUUGUUUGCUUGCAUAUCUUUUUAAAGAAAUUCAACCAGG